GAACUGAAGUGCCAAUAGAAUUUGGUUUAGAGGAGGUUUAGGGUUUCUGGUCUGUUGCGAAUCGAACUUCAGCUUACUCCACGUUUCGUUUUUUCGAAUCGGUGUGUGUGUGUGUGUUUUUUCUCCAUGCACGUAGCAAUGGAUGCUCCUACGUUACCUCAGGAGGAUGCCAUCCCUGCAGCUCUCAAAGCUGAAUUUGAGGAAUGGGGCACUAAGACCACGGGAGGAGUGUUGGCUGGCAUGCUUUAUGGUGGUGUUCGUGAGGCUGCCUCCGCUGCAAAAACGGAGCAAUCCCGAUUACCUUUUCCCCACGAGGACAAAAAGCCUCGUGGGAAAAUCAUCAGAGAAAUGACGGAAAACAAAGUGCUUCGAAUUGCCCGUGGCACUGUGUUGGGAGGCGCUAAACUUGGAGCUUUUGUUGCUCUUUUCAGUGGUAUUCAACAUGGACUUGCUGUACAUCGGGGUAAUCAUGAUGCCUUGAACACAGUCGCUGCUGGAGGCGUCACUGGAGGAACUUUUAGCCUUACUUUACCAGGUUCGCUGUUGACAAGGAUCAGUUCGGCUGCUGUGGGUACACUUCUCGGUGGAUUUCUGGCUCUGCCUCUGGGAUUGUUGCAGAGCAACCUUGAAGCAGAACUGAAACCAGUGCAAGAACAGGAGGCGCGGGAACCACAAUUGAUCGAUGGUGGUAUACAACAACUGAAGUAUAAAGAAGGAGUAGGAGUUGAUGCAGUGAUUCGCCGUCUUGAAUCGAGAGCACCCGAGCCAGCACUCAGAUCCCAGGAGUAGGAAUCUUUUACUCAAUUUUGAUGGUACACCUGCUACAUUUUUUGAAGUGCAAGGAGAAGAGUUUACGGAUGUGUACACCUCAAAUUCUUCGACCUUGUUCAUGACUUAGGCUUUUGCAGAUGAUUUCAGAGAAGAGCUUUCCUGUUUACGAUAGUUUAAACUUCAGAGUAAGGGUCUUCUGGUUGAGGCAUUUUGUUUCAGAAGCUCGAAAUGUCACGUGCAGUUGUAGGCUCAUACAAGUCAUUGCCCUUGUGAGGAGGACGAUGUAAAUACUGUACAGUGAUGAGAGGAGCAUACAUGAAUGAAAUGGAUUCAAGAGAAGUACAUGUUAUCGAUACUUGUAUCAUUAUGGCAAUAAGAGAUAGUAUUAUCUGCA